AGGCCGAGUGCCCGCGCUUAUUACAUCUCCAACUUCUCAUUUAACAUGCAAAUCCAAGCUUCAUAAAUUUCUUAAUCACAGCAAAAGCUACUGUAAAUCAAGAUGCUUCUUCAAACAAUUUGAUACAUUUUGGUGAUCGAGUUCAGAAAAAUCUCUAUUGACAAUCGGAGACAUGUCUGGGAUCCUCCCCUGUUGUCACCUUGUUCCUUCGGCCUCAUUUGAUAAGAAUGUUUCGAUUUUUUGUCUCCGGAAGAAUCCUCUAAUCUUUCCGAGUGCCUGUAGGCGGAAAAGGAGAUUUUCGUAUAAUAGCAAUUGGCAAUUUAAACCAAGAACCACUUUUUUAUCGAGUACGGACGAUUAUAAUGAUACCUUCACAAGUGGGGUCAACAGUGGAGAUGGUCUUUCAUCAAAGGGCGAUGAAGAAAAUGAAGUAAUGGCAGCUAAGAAAGCUCUUUCUGAGGCCCGAGCCAAACAGGAAGCUAUGGAAAAAGAAAGAAAUGAGUUGCUUGAAAAGUUGGCCCGAUAUGAGGUUAAACAACAAGAGAAUGAGGCUACCAUAUUGCAUGACAAGGAAUUGGCUAUUGCAGAAUUGGAGGCCACUAAAUCACACUUCCAUCAGAAGCUGCAGGAGACGGUGGAAGAGAAUUUCACUUUGGAAUCUAAGCUGGUCCUUGCAAAACAAGAUGCUGUUGAACUUGCAGUACAAGUUGAAAAAUUAGCAGAGAUUGCUAUUAAGCAGGCAACAUCUCGCAUACUAGAAGAUGCCCAAAUGAGGGUAUUAGCUGCUGAAACUUCUGCUGCUGAUGCAGCUCUUCAGAUUGAAGAACAAAUUAGGAAUGCAACUGAAGGUACCAUAAUGUCAGUUGUUGAACAGUCAAAAGAUGCUAUACAGAGGGCCCUGGGCAUGGCAGAAAAUGCUGGUGACUAUGCAACAAAAGCUGUGGCAAUCUUUAGUGAUGGUUUUAGUCCAGUUGAUGAGAUUGCUUCCAUCAAAUCGGAAAAUAUUAGUUUAAAAGGCAUUGUAAAUGAUUUAGAAUCUCAGCUGUUGAUCAUGAGAAGUGAGGUUGAUAAGUUUAAGGUUGAGUUGGAACAUGUCCAUGCAAAAGCAAAUGCCUCUGAACUCCGAGCUCAUGAUGCUGAGAAAGCAUUGCUUGAAUUUCAAGAGUCAAACAAGAAAACGAUUUUCCAGAGGGAGGAGGACAUUAGCUCUUUUCUAGAGAAAAUAAAGAAGGAUGCUGCAGAAAAAAAGAAGGCUGCGUCCAAGGCUUUUAAGGUUGAGCUGGAAAGCAUCAAGGCUGCCAUUGAGGCUGCUAAAGAAACAGCACACUCAAGGGAAAAUGUCUACAUGAGGAGAUGUGAAUCAUUGCAGAGAUCAAUAAGGGCCUCUGAAGAGGCUUUAAAAACAUGGAGGCAUAGAGCAGAAAUGGCUGAGUCACUAUUUCUACAGGAUGACAAGGAUGAAGAUGCCAUCUUUGUUGUCAACGGCGGGCGUAUAGAUCUUUUGACAGAUGAUGAUUCACUAAAAUGGAAACUUUUGAGUGAUGGUCCUCGUAGAGAGCUACCUCAACGGAUGGCAAGAAGGAUCAGAACCAUCCGGCCUAAGUUCCCACCAAGAAAAAUUGAUGUAUCUGAAGCAUUAACAUCAAAACUUAAACAUCUGGAUUUACCCAAACUUGAUGAAGUAUGGUCAAUUGCUCAAGAGAAGCCUAAGGAAGGAGACACACUCAUUGAGCAUGUGAUUGAGAAAGAAACAAUAGAGAAGAAGAGAAAGGCUUUAGAACAAGCUCUUAAACAGAAGACCAUACAAUGGCAGAGGACCCCAGAACAUACAAAAUUAGAACCAGGAACUGGAACAGGGCGUGAGAUUGUGUUUCAAGCUUUCAACUGGGAAAGCUGGAGAAGAGAGUGGUAUGUAGAGUUAGCUCCUAAAGCUGCUGAUUUAUCUCAAUGUGGGGUAACGUCAGUGUGGCUUCCUCCGCCCACAGAAUCUGUUGCUCCUCAAGGUUAUAUGCCUUCAGAUCUCUACAACUUGAACUCAGCAUAUGGCUCCGUGGAAGAACUGAAACACUGUAUAGAGGAAAUGCAUGCUCAUAAUAUUCUUGCCUUGGGAGAUGUUGUACUAAAUCAUCGAUGUGCACAUAAGCAGAGUCCAAAUGGUGUUUGGAAUAUUUUUGGUGGAAAGCUUGCAUGGGGGCCAGAAGCAAUUGUUUGUGAUGACCCAACGUUCCAGGGUCGUGGAAAUCCUUCAAGUGGUGAUGUAUUCCAUGCAGCUCCAAACAUUGAUCAUUCUCAAGAGUUUGUACGAAGAGACAUAAAGGAGUGGCUAAAGUGGCUUAAAAGUGAAAUUCGUUUUGAUGGGUGGCGCCUUGACUUUGUAAGAGGUUUCUCUGGAACAUAUGUUAAGGAAUAUAUUGAAGCUUCAAGUCCUGCAUUUGCUAUAGGAGAAUACUGGGAUAGUUUAGGUUAUGAGCAUGGUAGCCUGUGUUACAAUCAAGAUGCUCAUCGGCAAAGGAUAGUCAAUUGGAUCAAUGCCACAGGUGGUACUUCCUCAGCAUUUGAUGUCACAACAAAGGGGAUACUCCACUCAGCCCUGCAUAAUGAAUAUUGGAGGUUAAUAGAUCCUUCGGGAAAGCCAACAGGAGUUAUGGGAUGGUGGCCUUCACGUGCUGUCACAUUUUUAGAGAAUCAUGACACAGGGUCAACACAGGGUCAUUGGCCAUUUCCACGAAAUAAACUGGGACAAGGAUAUGCAUAUAUUUUGACUCACCCUGGAACGCCUGUGAUAUUUUACGACCAUUUCUAUGACUUUGGCAUCCGAGAUAUCAUCAGUGAGCUGGUUGAGGCUCGAAGGCAGGCUGGUAUCCAUUGCCGGAGCUCAGUCAAGAUAUACCAUGCAAACAACGAGGGCUAUGUUGCACGGAUUGGUGAUACACUAGUGAUGAAGCUUGGCCAUUUUGAUUGGAAUCCCUCCAAGGAAAAUAACCUGGAUGGAAGCUGGCAAAAGUUUCUUGACAAAGGGUGUGAUUAUCAGAUAUGGUUAAGACAAUGAUGGUCUGAUUAAAUAAGGAAAAAUGAAUAAAGUUGCUCCAUUUAUUAAUCAACAAUUGCAACUUCUCAGACCUGAUUUAGAAGUUUUUGUCUUCCCUUUGAAUAAACUCCUUGUUUAUUUCACAUGUUCUAUCAAAUAAGAAGUCCACGUAAAUUUUCAUCAA